UGAUGCUUCACUGAAUAAGCUGGAAGCGAAUUUGUCAUUUUGGCGCUGUUCUUUGAGGGACUGCUAUUUUUUCAGUGCUGAAACGUUGCACUUUUGGGGACAUUUACACCAUAUAUCUACUCACCUAGCAUUAAUAACAAUAUUUGUUCGAUUAUUUAUGCCUCAAGAAACUUUUAUGUUGGACUAGAGUGACAACACUGAUUUGAUGGAAACAUGACGGGAGCUACAAACGGAACGGUAGCCCUGAAGACAUUUUUGCUUGUCGCAUUGGUUUCAUUUUCAACGGGGAAUUCAAAGCUGCCUGUGUAUUAUGGACAAAUUGUGGAGAACUCGCACGCUGGAACAAUGGUGGAUGGGGUCGCUUUACCGGUUGGAAACAACUGUCAUGUUUCGGAACUGGACAUUGCUUUGGAAGGGAAGGACGCAUCAGAUUUUCGUUUGGUUUACCUUCACGGAGAACAGCAUCUUAUUUUGAAAUCCACAGAAACUUUGGACAGAGAGUUUAUAGCAGUGUACGAUUUGAUGGUUGUGCUUUCUGGCUGUUUGAAUAGUGCCGUGGUGAUUAAAAUAGAGGUGCUUGAUUCAAACGACAACAUACCCCGGUUCAUCAAGGAAAACGAAAGGGUAAAAGUUGAUGAAUUGACCCCUAUCGGUUCCGAAUUGGUCCGUUUUUUUGCAAAGGAUUCCGACGUUGGAAAGAAUGGCCGGGUCACUUAUUACGCAUCUCCAAAUUGCCAACAUGUCUACGUAGUUCCCCAAACCGGACAGGUAAUGCUGGUCAGUUCUCUCAUUGGUAUCGUGAACCUAACAGUCAGUAUUUACGCUCAAGAUAAUGGAGAUGUCGCAUUGAUAAGUAAGCCGGUGACACUUCACCUUGAUGUGCAGAGACCUGCUGUCUCGAAGAUUAGGAGGCCCCGAGCGGUCUCUGAGGAGCUGUUCUACACAGUGACCGUCUCAGAGGAUGUCAAAGUCGGUGACAUGAUAUUCACGGUGCCUGACCAGAAGUUUGAAAAGAAGUGGUUCGAGGUAAUAUCAGAGGCGGACUCCCCGGUUCAGAUCGAGAGGGACUCGGGUCGUUUGUAUCUCGCGCACAGACUGAAGUCCCCCGCGGAGGUCAUGGUCAAAAUCCAAAACCUCAGAGGUGAUGAGUGGUACCUCUGCAGGCUGAGCCUGAGUGUGCCCACCCUGGCAGACCUGCAGUGGGGCAUGUUCCCCCAGCCCUACCUGGGCGCAGUGGGACCUGACGCCGCACCAGGCUCUGUGGUCUACCGCCUCACCGCCCGCCAACGAGAUGGCACAAUAGGAAACGCCCACUUUCUGCUACUGGAUGGCGGCGAGGAUUCGUUUGAGGUGGACCGCAGCUCUGGGGAGGUCAGGACCACCGGCCGACCCCUGACCCCCAGCAGGGAGUACAUGCUGAGGGUGCAGGCGGUGGACACGCAGGGCAGGAAGGGUCCCCCUGCAACAGUAGCUAUUCUGGCAGGGUUCCGCCCCCCACAGUUCACCAACGCCUCCUACACCCUGAGUGUCCCAGAGAACACGCCCGUGGGCCAAGCGUGA